UGUGUCUGUGGGUGCGGAAACCUUGCACUGCAGAGGUUUGAAUGAAUGCAAAAUGAGUUGGUGGUCUUUAAAACGGCUCAAGGCACCGGCUUCACAUCACAUUCCAUCAGUCUGACCUGGAGAGAACAUCAUGACGAGUAUCCCCCUCAUCUCGCUUGUAUUGGUAGCCAUGAUGGUACCGACAGCCUCAGCACAAGGUGGCAUCUCAUCCUGCUGUCUGAAAUACACCGGCACAAAAGUUCAUCGAGAAUCACUGAGGAGCUACUACCAAGAAGAUAAAUCAUCAUGCAAUCCACCAGCAGUUGUAUUCACAACAAUCCAUUCUAUAAGAAUCUGUGCCAGUCCCUUCAAUAUGUGGACAAAAACUAGCAUGGCUUUUCUGGAUGGCAAGAACUACGGGCAACAACAGUCAAGAUCAAAAAGGCAGCCCAACAAAAAUAAACUUCACUGACACUGAUGCUUCUAUUGAGACGCAAGAGCUCGAUCUGUCAUCUUAAGCUGUUUGAGUUUCAUCAAAUUUAAACCUUACAAUGUACCUCAGUUUGAGAAAAUUACAAAUCUGUUGUUUGACUUUUGUUUGAGUUUAUUUAAUAUUUUUAUAACUAAUGUAAAAUUGUAAAUAAAUAUUAUUUUUUUAACUGACUCAAGCUUGUCAUGAUAUCAAAAGUAUAACUUUGUGAUCUUAAGAUUCAAAUCAGAAUAAAACUGAUGCCUACUCAUUCGCA